AUGAGCCACUCAUAAAUAUAAUCAGAUUCUGAAGAGUUUGUUUAAUAAAAUGAGAGAGGAGAUAUCAAUUUCUAUUCAGGAUUGUUUGAUAUAAAUGAUGAAGUUGUGAAGAAACCUGAAUAAAUUUAAACAAUAAAGGAUAAAGUAAUAGAGUAAACUAAAUAAUCGUUUAGUAAGUAAUCCACCUUAAAUUAAAAAAUAAAAUCAAAAUUAAAUAAAGUUGCUUUAAAAAUAAGAAAGUAAAAUGAAGAAUUAAAUGAAAUGGAGGAAUAAGUAGAAGAAGAAUAAUAAAAGAAUGAAGAAUAAGAAUAAUCAUUAGAUCCAAAAAUAUUUGCAAUAGAUAUAGAAUUUCAUGAAUUAAAAUUAAAUAAAGCAUUAGUAUUAGCUUGUCAUGAUUAAGGAUAUCUACAUCCUACAAAUGUUUAAGCUAAAAUUAUUCCAAUAAUACUGAAAGGAAAUGAUGUUUUAGCUAGUUCUUGUACAGGAUCAGGUAAGACAGCAGCUUUUUUAUUACCAAUAAUGUAACGUUUUGGUAAUUUAAAAAGUUAAUAGUAUUCUAAAGCUUUAAUAAUUUUACCAACAAGAGAACUUGCUCUUUAAUGUUUUGAAAUGUUUGAGAAGUUAAAUAAAUAUGCUAAUUGUACAGCUGCUCUUGUUAUUGGAGCUGUUCCAAUAUAAUAAUAAGAAGUUGAAUUAAGAAAAUAUCCUGAUAUAAUUAUUGGAACUCCAGGUAGGAUAGUUGAUUUAUUAACAAAUUCAUCAAGCAUUGAAAUAUAAAAGUAUGUUAUUUUAAUAUGAUGUUUAGUAUUGAAAUUUUGGUUUUUGAUGAAGCUGAUAGAUUAAUGGAAAUGGGUUUUGAAAAUGAAAUAAAAUAAAUAUUAUUAGCAUCUCCUAAAGAUAGAUAAACUGUUUUAAUCAGUGCUACUCUUAAUGCAACUGUUAAAUAAUUAUCUUUAUUAGCUUUAAAUAAUCCUACAAAAAUUAAUGUAGAUUUUGUAGGUGGUUUAGCUUAUGGAUUGAAAUAAUAUCUGUUAAGAAUAAGAUCUAAUUAAGAUAGAGAUAGAGAAGCUACGUAAUAAAUUACAUUUUAAUAAUUAGUCUUAUUACUUUAUUAAAAACAAAAUUUAAAGAAAAGACAAUUAUUUUUGUAAAAACAAAGCAUGAUUGUCAUAGAUUAGCUAUAAUAUUAGGAUUUUUAGAUAUGAGUAGUUGUGAAUUACAUGGAAAUUUAUCAUAAUAAUAGAGAAUUUAAGCAUAUGAAGAUUUUAAAGUAAUAUAUUUAUAUAAAUAUGAGGAAGGAAAGUUUUAAUUUUUAUUAGCAACAGAUUUAGCUGCAAGAGGAUUAGAUAUGACAGAUGUUAAAGCUGUUAUUAAUUAUGAAAUUCCAUUUGAAGUUACCAGAUAUAUACAUAGAGUUGGUAGAACUGCUAGAAUUGGAGCAUAAGGCAUAUCUGUUACUAUUUGUUUAGAAAAUGAAGUUGUUAAAUUUAAAAAAAUGAUUCGAUAAUCUAAAUAAUAAUUAUUUAAGAUGAUUGCAGAUACUGAUAAAGUUAAAUAAAUAAGAAGAUAAAUAUAAUUAUUAGAACCUUAAAUUAGAAAAGUUAUUAAAGAAGAAGUUGCUGAAAUGGAAGUUAGAAAAACUGAAAUGCUUACCUAGAAAGGUCUUCUAUAAAAUGAAGAUUCUUAAGAUAAUUCUACUUAACCUAAAACAACUUAAUCAAAAUUCUAAAAUAAGAAAAGUAAGAAAAGUUUUAAAAAAAUUGAUAAUUGA